AUGGAAGCUACACAGACAUACAAGUACACGGCUCUCAGAGGACCUCGAAUCAUUCGGGUCUUGCGUCUCUCCGGAGGCAGUACGGACAAUACAUUUGCUGAGCUCAUUGAAACGAAUCUUGACCAUUGUUGUGCCUACGAAGCAAUCUCGUAUGUCUGGGGCUCGGCAGACAAGUCCCAUACCCUCAAUAUACGGGGAGGAAGCCUCAUCAAGAUUACAGAAUCCCUAUAUCAUGCGCUCAAGGACAUACGAUAUUCUGCGAUCAGGGACGGACCCCGAUACCUCUGGGCAGAUGGUGUUUGCAUAAAUCAAGAAGAUGUUGACGAGAGAAGCCAACAGGUGGGUUUGAUGGCCGAAAUAUACGGUUCAGCCCUCAAGGUCAUCACUUACGUCGGACAAGAUACGUUAGACGUGAGGAAAGGAAUUGAAUUGGCCAAGUUGCUCAUAGCGGCUCAAGGAGAGUCUACAGCGAUAAACUCCAAUGCCAAGCCGUUGCGUGAUUUUCUUGGACGAACUUGGUAUACACGAAUGUGGAUUAUCCAAGAGUCGGUCCUGAAUAAGAACGGCAUAAUCGUGUGUGGGAGAAAUAACAUUCCUUGGGACUUAUUCCUCGAUCUGAGCAACAUGAUAGCGCAUAGCGCGCACAAUGAAUACAUUCAAAUUACCCCAUAUGCCGAAAAGCAGAUUGGUGCAUUUGGUUGGAUGUCUGAGCUGAGAAAUCGUUAUCGAAAGCACCCAGAGGGAAUUCCUUUAUUACAGCUUCUGAUCUGUAGUCGGGAGUUCAAUUGCUCCAAUCCCAGAGACCACGUUUUCGCCGUUUCCUCCCUCAUGGAAGCGUCCUGUCGGAUCAAACCUGACUACCAAAAAGCCAUCAGGGGUGUAUAUAUCGAAGCAGCUGGACAGGCACUGAAAUCUUGUGGUCUGGUGAUACUGAGCUAUGCUGGCAUGUGGAAGAAACAGGAUGUUCCGUCUUGGGUGCCUGACUGGAGUUGCUACCACGAGCAAAUUCCCAUUUUUCAAUCUCGUCGGUUUAACGGCCUAUCAACUUUGUCUGACGGUCGGUUAUGUGGUGUCCUGAAACAUAAAUAUAUACUUUAUGACUUACAAACCGGUCAACUGUGCAGUUCAGGUUGCGUUUUCGACCGGGUUAUUCAUGUUGGCGGAACUUUACGCAGGUCUUUUAUAACAGCUAGACUGGAGCGUUAUAGGUGGGCGCGGGAACAGUAUUCGCUGCUCAGUCAGUUUGGUACAAAAUACGUUGGAGGGGGGAGCAGCCUUGAAGCAUUUUGGAGAACUCUUAUCCUAGAUCUGGAUCCUGAGAAACGCAUGCAACAUCACAGCGCCUUGCCCACGUCCGGGGCCUAUUUUGAGUCGUACGUGCGCCCGAAUAAGUGGUGGGCUCGCAAAGAAGCGCUGGAGUCUAUCGAAGAUUACAGUCCUAAUAAAUGGCCGAAACCACCUGCGAUCGAGCCUGUGGUCAUAGAAGCGUGGAAGAGGGAGUCCAUGCUGGAUCUCGCCGAGUGUAGCAGGGAUAGAGGCGAGCAUCAUGUGUUCCGUCCACUUCGACAACAAUACUCUCAGCAAGGCUCAAGUUCUCAAGGCUCUGAGUUCCGUGAUCUCGUGCUUAAAUCCCAAAACCUCUACCGAGAGUUUUUCAUGACAGAGAAAGGUUACAUCGGCAUGAGUGCGCAGGGGGUGGAAUUAGACGAUGUUGUCACACUUCUCCCUGGUGCACAUGUUCCGUUUUUGCUUCGCGGAACAACAAGCGAGUCAACAUAUUCGCUUGUCAGUGACUGCUAUAUUCACGGGAUGAUGAACGCGGAA